AUGUCUCGCCAACUCAUCUCCAGCGAAAAGUUCCCUACCAAGCCUCACAAUUGUCCUGCUACCAAGGUCCCUGGUCUUGUUUUCUGCGCCGGGCAAACGGCCACCGGAGAGAUCAAGCAAGCGACGAGAACCGUUCUUCAGAACCUCAAAGAAGUCCUCGAGCUAUCGGGGUCGUCGCUGGAUCAAGUUGUCAAGUACAAUGUGUAUCUUGCGGAUAUGAAGGAUUUUGCUGCUAUGAAUGAGGUCUACAUUGAUUUCCUGCCCCAGCCGAUGCCAUCGCGCUCUUGCCUGCAGGCAGUUCCUCCGGGCAAUGGAACUGUCAUUGAGAUUGAAUGUAUUGCGCAGGUUUAA